AUGAAACCCUUGUUUAAGGAUCAACCAUUUCCUGAUGUUUCAAACGAUACAUCAACAAAUGAUCAAUCUAAAUAUGAUCAAGAGAUGGGUUCUACUUCUAAUACAAUGUCAAGGAACAGAGAAGUGUUGAUGAAGAACUCGGGUUUUCACUGUUUUCCCAUUGGAAUGGAUCUUCUUACUCUUGUUCGAAUGGUUGUGGCAGAGGCAGUGGGAAGUUUCAUAUUGAUGUUCUGUAUAUGUGGGAUCAUAGCCAGCAUGCAGCUGAUGGGAGGCCAAGUAGGACUGUUGGAAUAUGCCACCACAGCUGCUUUGACAGUGGUUGUUGUGGUUUUCUCUAUUGGCUCAAUCUCUGGAGCUCAUGUUAAUCCUGCUGUCACCAUAGCUUUUGCAACUGUUGGUCCAUUUCCAUGGUCCAAGGUUCCACUUUAUGUAUUGGCACAAGUGGGAGGUUGUGUGUUGGCUACGUAUGUGGGAAAGUUAGUGUAUGGCAUAAAAUCAGAGCUUAUGGCUACCAGACCACUCCAUGGAUGCUCUGCUGCUUUCUGGGUGGAACUCAUUGCCACUUUCAUUGUUGUGUUCCUAGCUGCAUCCUUGUCAAAUGAAACUCAAUCCAUGGUUGACUUGGAUGAGGCUUUUUUACAGGUAGGGCAGUUGUCUGGGUUUGUUGUUGGAGUAGCCAUUGGACUAGGAGUGCUGAUCUGUGGGCCUGUUUCAGGAGGGUCAAUGAACCCAGCAAGGUCAUUAGGGCCUGCAAUAGUUUCAUGGAAGUUUGAUCACCUUUGGAUCUAUCUCACAGCACCAACUAUAGGAGCCAUUGGAGGUGCCCUCUUGUACCGUGUUCUUCGUCUUCAAGGAUGGUCUUGUAAAUCUACCACCCCCAAUCCAAAUGCCCGUGUUCUUGAUCACUCUUUGCAUUAG